GGGGGAGGUCUCUGUUUGGGUGGAUCCUGCAGACAUGUCAGGUCCUGCAGACUCAGGAACACACGCUCCAAAAACUGCUUUCUCUCCUCAUGAUGUCUCUGUUAUAUUAUCGUUAGUGUUCUGAGGAGUUUACUGUGUGUGUGUGGCUGCUCUGAGAUCAGAUUCUGAAGCAUCGAGGAGGGUUUCUGAAGCAGCAUGGGGAACUUGAUCAAAGUGUUAACGAGAGACAUCGACAACAAUGGAGGAAACUUCUUCCUGGACUUUGAGAACGCUCAGCCCUCCCUCUCGGAGACGGCUCUGUGGGAGGAGGUGAACGGGGUUCUGCUGGAGGCUCGGGUUGUUCUUCAGCAGCUGCAGGAGUACAGGGGGGCGGGGGACGAGAUCCGGCAGGCGAUCCAGAGUCCCAGUGUUCAGGGCGUUCAGGAGAAAGCCUGGUCAGCUGUGGUUCCUCUGGUCGGGAAACUGAAGACCUUCUACGUGUUCUCCCAGAAACUCGAGGGCAGUCUGCGCCUCCUCCUGGGCGUCCUCACCUCCUCCGGCUCCUCCCCCACUCAGCAGCUGGAGCAGAAACAGGCUCUGGCUCGACAGUUCGCUCACAUCCUGCACUUCACGCUGCGCUUCGACGAGCUCAAGAUGACGAACCCAGCGAUCCAGAAUGACUUCAGCUACUACAGACGCACCAUCAGCCGCAUGCGCAUCAACAACCUGGCUGCCGACGCAGGAAACGAGGUCAACAACGAGCUGGCCAAUCGGAUGUCUCUGUUUUACGCCAGCGCCACACCGAUGCUGAAGACGUUAAGUGACGCCACGUCAAAGUUCGUCUCAGAUAACCCAGACCUGCCGAUCGAGAACACGACGGACUGUCUGAGCACGAUGGCCAGUGUGUGUAAAGUGAUGCUGGAAACACCGGAGUACCGCACUCGGUUUGCCAGUGAAGAGACGGUGCUGUUCUGCCUCCGUGUGAUGGUGGGCGUCAUCAUCCUGUACGACCACGUCCACCCAGCUGGAGCCUUCAUUAAGACCUCCAAUAUUGACAUGAAAGGCUGCAUCAGGGUGCUGAAGGAUCAGCCGCCCAGCAGUGUGGAGGGGUUACUCAACGCUCUCAGGUAUACGACCAAACACCUGAACGACGAGGCGACCCCCAAGCAGAUCAAAACCAUGUUGCAGCCGAAUUAACAGGAACUGGAACGAUAAAAAGUGUUGUGGUCCAAAUUUCAAGAAAACUACUGAACAAACCUGGAGCUCAUAUUUCUGUUUACCCUCAAAUGUUGUUUUGUUUACUCUCGAUUGACAAUCAAGCUGUUUUUUGUUGUCAUGAUGCAAGAAAAAUAGGUAAAAAUGUGCUUUUUUGGUAAAAACUAAAUAAAUAUGGAGACCGGGUACGGGGGGUUAUAUUUGUAAAAAGAAAAACAAGUCGUACAUUUACAAAGAAAACAGGACAUUUUAAACAGAGAAUGAGGUCAUUUGCGUCUUUAAAGUUGUCAUUUGAUGAAGAUAAAGUCUCACAUUUACAAAACGAAAACUUAAAGAUUAUUAUUAUUUAGUGAAAUGAAAUAAAUGUUCAAUUUCCAACAAAAAGUCACAAAAAUAAGAAAAACUUGAUCUGUUCCCCGACAUUAUCACAUGUUUGAGACAAAAAGUUAAAAUAUCAUACACAACACACACACACAC